AUGGCCAGCAUUCAAGAGCUCUCGCCGGCCCACUGCGUGCUGCUUGCAACUCACUACGCCGCCGACUCCCACAUCGAUGCUUUGCGCUCCCUUUCGCUAGCGAGGCCUGAUGCCUUUACCCCGGAGACCCUGCUGCGCAUCUUGCUCACUUUCCUACCUGAGAGUGCCGAGCCCUCGACCUACAACACCUACGCCCAAGAGGUCGCCUCGCGCUUCUACACGCAGCAGCUCCCCAAGAUCGAUGUCGAUACCACCCCCGUCGCCGACGUCUCCAAUUCGAAGGCUCAGAAACGCGUCAAAAAGCUCGAGCUGCUGCCUUUGGCACACGCAUCAUGCGCCGACCUCGACCUCGACCUCCUCACGCUUUUCCUCAUACACCGCGCAUACCGCAUAGACGCCGAGACCGGCUUGCUUGGCCUAGUUCCCUCGCUUGUCGACCCUUUCCUCGACCACUCCCAAUACCUUCGCGCAUGGUUCAUCUCCAAUGUGCUGCCGCUCCUCCGUCUAGACUUCGAGUACUACCCAGACGAGGGCUCCACAACAUCGUUGGAGAAGUUCAGUGCCAUUCAGGGCUCACAAGGCGUAGGAUUCUUGGUCCGUAAGGCGGAGGAAUCAAGAGCGGAAUCAGCUUCCGAUGAUACCAGAAUAGCUAGGGACAUUAAGGGCAUCGUCGGCCCGUGGAUGUAUGGUUUUGACCAAAGAAAGGAUCGGAAAGUGCACGACACUGCGCGCCGCAGUUCAUCCGUCGGGAUCUCAGCAGCGGAGAAAACUCAUCAGGGCGAGAACGCUGCCCCGGGCGCAGCGAGGAACCAUCAUGACUGGGAACAUGUCUACGCGUGGAUGGUGCGCAAGGCUCCGCAACGCUUCGAUCUCAUAAGCAGCGCUGUCGAAUACUGGGAUGGGCCAGGCGAUGUCGACCUUGGCGGAUAUGCGGAUCCCAGCCGCCAGGAUGGUCUUGACGAAGAAGUCCAGAGCCACCUAGAAAGGCGAUAUGCCCAGGCUGUCUUUGCCUCUGUCUAUUCCGCCGAAAGCGACAGCAAGGACACGGUCCAAGCCGCACAUAGUGUUCUUGUGCGCUUGUCCCAAAUCAUGGAAUUUAUUCCGCCUCCGGAUCUCGCUUCAAGCGUGGAAAUGCUACCUAAAAUCGAGGGCCAUACAAGCAUUCUCCACAGCACUACGGCCGCCAUUCUGCAGCCUGAUACCCUUCUGAAUCCCAAUCAUCCGUUGACCGUUCCUACGGUAGAGACAUUCUCCCUACUUCAAAUCUUUGUAUACUCUGCCUAUAUCCUAGCCGACCUCGGACAUCCGAUAUCUUUGAACAACUUGGCCAAGUUCCGCUUUCAUUCGGAUGAAGAUGAUCAACUUCAGCUGGUUAUCAAAAUUCUCAAGAGCCUCUCUAACAGAACCAAAUUCGACGAAGAGUCGUGGAAAUCAGCCCGCAGCAAGCUCAUCUGGCUCUGGAACUGGGGCAUGGAUCCGGGUGAGCAACACGCCGCAAACGGUCCUGGCGUUUUAGGGAAGAUCGCGAGGUUCUCAUUGGAGAAAGAGAUAUUGACAUCGCUUCUGGUGGCUGGUCAACUCCAGCUCGCUGUCCGCAUCUACCUGCCUGAGGUGAGAGGAGGGGACCACUUGCAGGAUCAGGACAUAGAAGAAUGCGUUCUUCGCCAGGUUAUGCAAUAUUACGACAAUGCCAGCAACGGAAAUGUCACCCGUGGCGGUAUGAAAAAGGCAUUGGAUAUCAUGAGUGCCUUCCAGCCCCAUUUUUCGAACUCUCCCGGAUUCCUUUCAACAGAGGCCCUGCUCGCCGCUACUCAUUCUUUGUCCUUCUACUCGCUAACACUUCAACACGGGGUUCCAUUCCGGCCAGUUAAUAUCAGGAUUAGCGAGGACCCAGUGUCUCUGAUUUCUAAAGUUUUAGAGCAAAACCCCAGAAGCUACACCAAGCUCGAUGACUUGGUCACCAUUGGACAAAAUCUGGUUGCUGCACGGUUGCUUGAGAAAGAGGGCCCCCUGAUCGAAGAGUCAGAUGUCGAUACAGAAGAGCACAAAAGGCAAGCUUCGCGUCGUGUCAUGGGCAUGGCGAUCGAGGCUGCGCUAGCCGAGGACGAUUUCGAAACCGCCUACUCCUUUGUUGUCAACCGCCUCAACCCCUCAUUUGAUCCGACCGCAUCAAAGGACUCCCCGAGCGCCAAUCGUCAGGUAGACGACAUAUCUUGGAGAGCUGCGUACCUAGCCGGACGUCAUCGCAGCCCCAACAGCUCUCUAGCUUCGUCAACGGCCACAGUGGCUGGCUCGCCCGCUCUCCGUCGCUUGGAGCAGCGCAUGGAGUUGCUCUCCCAAGCAUUGCUUCUAGCCCCACCCUCAUCAGUGCCUGAAGUCUUGACAGCAUGGCGCCGCUGCGAGGAAGAAAUGUCGGCUCUCCUUGCACAAGAGAAUGAAGCAGAAGAGCGCUUCAACGAUCACGCGGACAGCAGGGCCCCCGGCGCCUUUCCUACCCAGGCAGCGUACAUCCAGCCUCGCAGAGAAGUCGGCCGAAGUGCAACAGAAGAAGCACCCAUGGGACUCUUCGACGUGGCACGAGGAGCGGCAGCGGCUUUCAGUAAAUCUGCGUUCCCGCUGCGUGCUGGAGCUAGCGGUAGCGCCAGCGGUGGCCAGGACAGCGGCAGGUCCUCUCUCGAUGCUUCCCGGAACCUGUCGGUUGCGGGUAGUGAUCUCGGUAGUGGUGACGAGAGUAAUAGGGUGAGGAAGAGGGAUAUGGUUGCCAAUGCGGUUACGGGUGGACUGGCUUCUGGAAUCGGCUGGGUGUUGGGUGCUACACCUGCUGCCGAGAACCAACAAGGAAAUAGAUGA